GUUAUUACGUAUCAAAUAAUUGUAUGGGUCCAGGUUUCUUUUCUUAGAAAUACGAGGCCAUGGAAGUAAGUUCAAGGGCACAAUCAGAAGAAUAAAUUUAAUGAAUAUAAUUACAAUUCCUCCCUACGCGAUACAAAUUUAAUUGACUUUAAAAGUAAGUUCCAUUAAAAGCGAUAACUUGAAACAUUUCCCCUCAAUUUGUCACCAUGCUGUUCACGAAGAAGCGCCCCUUCAACGGGUCAAUGUCGUUCAACGCCAAAGUGCUACGCUUCCUGGGUUACGGCUGGAAUGAUCCCGCGCAGAACGUUCUCCAAGUGAGGCUGUUUCUCCAAAUUGCGAUCUACUUUCUUUGGCUUGAUCCACCGGCACUUGCCUACGGGUGCCGCCACCAGCAAGAUCAGCUGAAGCUGGUCCUCAAGGGGUUUUUCGAGGUGAUGGCCGUAACCGGAAUUACGGUUCGGAUGUGUCUUUUCGCACGAGGCAGCUCGAUUCUGCGCCAGGUCUUCGACGAUGUCCAGCGGGCGUUGGCGAUUGUAGCGGAAGACUGCAGCGGUGAGGCGAGGAAGAUUUUGGAUCACUUGGAGAUGUCUGCGGACAAGUUCGCGAAAGGAUACACGGUGGGGUUCACAUUGCAGUGUCUGCUGUACGGACCGGUGCAGAUUGUUCUGGCUACGGUCAAGUAUUUUCGAACCGGAGAAAUGCCCACCAUUGCCGUUGUACAAGCAGAGUAAUUGUGUUUUGUUUUAGUUUUUUUUAUUUUUAAUGAUUUACUAUUUUCUCAUCU